UGGACCUGCAGCCUGUCAGUAAAUGAAGUGUAUGGUAGUACAGGCUUGUUUCCAUUAUUGCUGCUUCAAACUCUCUCCAAUGUUCACACCAUCUCUUUUUCUCUUUGUUUCCUGCAGAUCUACUGUGGACACACUUAUGUUUGUGUUGGAUUGUUAAAUUUAACCACCAUGUCCUAUGACCGUUACCUCGCCAUCUGUCACCCUCUGCAGUACAACACAAAUAUGACAUCUAAAAAGGUUGCUGUGCUCAUUGCUCUGUCAUGGUUGUUUCCUCUCCUUGAGAUUGUCAUUCUGAUAUCACUGACGUUGUCUCUACAGCUGUGUGGAAAUGUCAUCCACAAAGUUUACUGUGAUAACUUUUCUGUGGUCAAACUUUCAUGCUCUGACACCAGUGUCAACAACAUAUACGGCCUGGUGUUCACGGUGAUCGCCAUCAUCAUCCCAUUUGUCCUUAUUCUGAUAACAUACGUGAGGAUUUUAAUAGUCUGUUUCUCUGGUUGUAAACAGACAAGACAGAAAGCAAUCAGCACCUGCACACCUCAAGUGGCCUCGCUGCUCAACUUCUUCUUUGGGGUUUGUGUUGAAGUUCUGCAGAGCAGGUUUGAUAUGAACGGCACCCCUAAUAUUCUGAGAAUGUUUUUAUCUUUAUAUUUUGUCACAUGUCAGCCGCUCUUCAACCCUCUGAUGUACGGACUCAAGCUGUCAAAAAUACGCAACAUGUACUUCCGUCCCACCUCAUGACCCACUUCAGUGUAACAUCUGGCUUCCUGCUGCUG